UUCAUUACGUGCAACUGAGCUGGCCCCUCGUGACACGAAUGUCUCUAAAUGAGAGACUACGGUAAAUACGAUAUCGCGAUUGUGUGUGCUCGAUAUGUGUGCGAUCUUUCGCGCGACGAAUAACAAUAUCUAACGAAUUAUACGCUUCAGGGAAUUAUCGUGAAAGAAACAAUCUCUCGAGCCGUCGAACAAAUCCAAAGAGAAGAAACGUGACUGGACUUUAACAAGUGUAUUAGACCUACAUUUGAUGUGACAUUCCUUGUCUAAAUUUAGCUCUAGAAUUUUUCUCUUUUUUUAUUCAAGAUCGAUAGCACUUUACAAGAAAUGGAUAAAGAACAUGGAUCAAGCAGAUAAUUUAAUUACUAUAAUGCAGAUUGAUAAAAAUUAGAGAAAAAAGAAAUAAUAAUUUUCUAUGUAAAUUUUUAGAGUUGCCGACUGGGUCAGUGAAAUGAAUGAAGAAUCUUCAAUGAGAUGAAUGGAGGGGAGACUUAUUCCGGUUAUGUAACAGAGAUCGUGAACUUCUAGUUAGCAGUGAAUUACAGCAGGCAAUUCUACGAGCGAUUCUAGAAUCCGUUGGGGUAAAGCAUAUUUGAUAAUUCAUUUGAUAAAUCAUUUUCUUCACGAUAAUUUGUAUAUAAUUACAGGAGCUACUCGUAUCAUCUGUUUGGUUAUUAGCGGAAACGCUCGUCUACGUUGCACUAUGACUCGUUCUCGGGGCUAACAACACGGUUAAAAUGUUUUUAAUUAUACCGACGACUCGUUGCAUUUCGUGACGAUAAACAUUAUUAACGUGCGCGGCACUCGUCGCGACAACGUUAUUAGGACGAGGAGGGACAUAAAGAAAAAAAAAAAAGAGAGAGAGAGAAAGAGAGAAGAAAAAAAUUUCCUCAUAAUUCUCGACUUUCCGGCUUUAAGCGCGCGCGCGCUCUCGCAGUGCCGGUGUCCUUAAUUGCUGUCGUGUUUUAUUACAGCGAUAUUAUUUUUCCCUUUCGCUAUGGCCGACCCAGAUUUCCGCACCAAGUCGGGGGAGCAGUGCCGGUGCGGAGACUGCGACUUCAUAAGGUGCGAGUUGAUACCGGAGAUGGUGCACGAUCGUCGUUUCUGCGAGUCCGGCUCGAGGGAGUUUGUCGAGUUCGAUUCCGUUGACAUAGAGCAUCUCCGCGGAAUUCGCGAUUAUACGACCAAGCUAUACCGGGUGACGGCGCGGGUAAAAUUUUCUGGCGAGACUUGCAGCUUCCCUCUCGUUAUCAAGCUGCCCAAAACAGACGCGGAAUCUCUGCCGUCCGGCCCUUUUCAGAACGAGGAGAUGUUUUAUAGCAAGAUGACACUCGAGUACGGAACGAACGGUAUACCCAAGUGUUACCUGUCCGACUUGGGUCGAUACGGUCGACCGGUCAUAGUGCUGGAGGAUCUGACCGCGCAUGGUUACGCACAUGUAAACGAUAAAUUAGAUGAGGAUCACUUGAAAUUGUGCGUAAAAGCUUUGGCGGUGUUUCACGGCAGAGGAUUGAGGCUGAAAGCGCGCAAGUUUCCCGUUUUCCGAGAGUUCUAUGCGAAACUGUUUGUACCGGACAGCUUGUAUUCUAUUCAACAAAAGUUCGAUGACAGCGUACAUUUAAGCUUCGCAUCACUCAAGUCAAAUCUCGCUGAAAAAACAAAAAGAAAGCUGCACGUAAUGGAAAGUUUGGCCACGGAGAUCAACGACGUUUCGAUCGUCUGCCACGGUCAUUUCACGCGGGAUAACGUAUUGUUCAAGCACGAGAACGGCAAACCGAGCGACGUAAAGAUGAUCGAUUGGGAAACAAUGAGGCACUGCUCGCCGGCGAUCGAUUUCGCUCUUAUUCUCUUUACCAAUAUGCCCGACGAAAGUGAACUGCCGAAAGUCGAGACAUUCUGCCGUAAUAUUUUGCGAUUUUAUUUGGACACCGUGAAAGAGGAGUAUCCGCAAGUGGAACGCCAACUUUUGGAACGAGAUAUUAUCACUAAAUUGCUGCUGGGUUAUAUUAACUUGUGCAAUGACGAUCCGAUUAGAAUCACGUACGAAGAACUGGGGACGAUGUUGCACGUGCUCGAUGGUCUGGGUAGCCUCGAUUAGAACCGCUCCCGAUGUGUACAUUGGCAGUUUUGAUCCUCUACGAUGUACGCGAUGUACUUGUUUCACAUGUUAAGCUCUAUCACAACUUUAUCGCGCGUGUUCGCGAUAAGGAUAUACGUCGAAGGGAGUGUUAUUGGCAGAUAUAAAGAGGUGUGUUUAAAAAUGCAUAUAUUAUCACUUUACAAAUGAUUAUAUUAUCGAUAUUUAAAAUAUUUUUUGUAUUAAAGUUCAUAAAAAAAAAUAAAUUUUUCGUUUUAUUUUAUAAUUAUUCACACACAUUUCAAUUAUUCGUUUUGAAAUUAUAAAAUCAUUCACUGUGUUUAAUUCUUGCAACUCUUAUCAAUGUCUGCAGAAAUGUAUCAAUUUUUAAAAAGCACGAAUUAAUCGCGUCGCAACAAAUCAUAAUUAUUAAUAUCAUUUUUUUUCGACUGUAAUAAAUUAACUCUAUAUGACGUUACGAAAGCUUUAUUAUCGCAUCUCUUUGUUUUAGUAUUUAGUUCAUUACAUUUACAUGACUGAGAUGCUUAUUUUUUACACGUGAUGAAUGUAUCGUACAACAGUUGCCGUUAUGAUAUAUAACGUCCACGUCCAGCAAUGAAAUGCAGUAUGCCUUGUUUCUCGGAAAUGCAAGCUCGUAUUGUUACUAUGGAUUACACUGCUCUCGAUGUUCAUAUUACCCUAGUUUGAUAUUUUUAGAUUUAUUUGCCAUCCACAUCUUCAUUAAUCUGCAUUACGUAUUUGUCAAAAUUCCCGUUAGGAUAAUUCCGAUUAAAAUUUUCGAAAUAAGAGUAAUUAUACAUACAAAGAAAUUAUUAUCGUAAGAAUAUUUCUCAAUUAUGUAAUUUUUAAUAAUAAUGAAAUUUAUGAAAUACUCGUA